AUGUGUGAGAAUGAGACUCCAUCAGAUUGGAAAGAUCGAAUUUGGGACACAUUAAUGGUAUAUAGAAAAAAUCAUCUUUUAACUGAUUAUAAUAAGAGAUAUCUUAUUCUCGUCUAUUCCAAAUUAGAAAGCGGGUAUGAGUAUUUCUAUGCAUUCUUUAUAGAUAAGCAUUGGCGUACAAAAUGUACUGGAAAUGAAUAUUGUGAUAUGAGCUUCGAAGACUAUAUGAAGCUGAAAAAUAAUCCUUCACCUUGCUAUUUCACAAAGAAGGCAAUCCAUCGAUAUGAGAUGUGGUUGUAA